AUGAAUACAAUAAUGUCCAGCCUUACUGUGCUCUUCAAGAAAUCUCGCCAAUCCUUGAUGUAUUGCUCCAUCGCCGCCUUGACGAUGGGAGUCGAGGAGAUUGUCGAGGAAGUUGUGUUUAACUGUCCAUGUCAGAGACAUUUUGCUUAUGGACAAGCAUUUUUAUGGGGCCCGGCCUUCCUUCUGUUUUUCCCAGGAAUUUUGCUGGAUAAAACUUCAUUGCCGCGUACUGGCCCGAGAAAAAGCAACGUAGGGAAGGCCAGGAGCAAAAUUGUCCUUCGCUAUUUCAAGUUAUUGUUUGCUACAUUUCAUGCAAUGACCCGAGCAAGCAUCGCUCCAGUUGCCUGGUUGGUUCUAUCUUUCUUGCAGCAGAAGUACUACACAUGCGCAUACUUUGGGCCUCCUCUUGCCGAUAGAAUUUCCACGAAUACAAAUGCAACUGACAGAUGCCAUUUUAAGCUAGGCAUUCGAUCAAAAGAGAUGGAAGAAAGCUAUAAAACACGCAGUCAGAUUGCUGGAUGGACGCUGUUGCUUGUAUUUAUGCUCGUUCUUUUUACCUCUGUCUGCAUUCGUCGAUGCGUAGAAAAAGGAAGGUAUCUACGAAUACCUAGUCCUGACUACUACAACCAUGUUGAGGCCAAAGAAGCUUUAGAACAGUACCACGCUAUAGCAAAAGAGCUAAAAAAAGAAAGAGCAAAACAGGGGAUUCAUAAUUUAUUUGACGAGGUUUUGAGUAAAGAUGUUGAUUCCCGUUUAAAGGAUGUCGGAGCUCUAAUACAAGAGAGGUAUCAUCAGUUUUUCGUCAUACCCCCAGAGAGCCCUUCAUACAGAUCUCCCCAGGGUACAUCAGAUGAUUCCCCUACGUUUUAUUCACUGACACAGACCGGAAUUUCCCCGGUACUUGUAACGGACGGAUCUGAAGAAGAAAGCUUUGAAUUUCACCACUCUUCCGGUUACGUAGAUGUUCAGCUGACAUCACAAAUUAAUGCAGCAUCACAAAACCCUAGAAAACUUACAAGGAUAAUACUUCGUCAAGACUCCAUCGACAUGAGCUGA